ACACAUAAGACGGUUCAAGUGUUUCCAAAUACUUAAGUAGAAUCAUAUAACCUGCCUCAUUUUUAGGCUAAGUGGUGCCGACUUUAUAACAGCCAGAGUAUUAUUGUGUAAUGCUGUAUAAAGAAACCCGGGUUACUCAAUUUAUAUCAUUAUUUUAAAAGUACUCUGGGCAUUGAAAUUCCAUCAAUGCUCUUUAAAGAUAUCGAUGUUCAGAUAUUGUCUUAAAAGGAUGGGUAAAAUAAAUAAUUCUUUUCUUUGGGGUAUUAUAUUUGCUUCAGCGACGUGGAGUGUUUCUUUGUAUUUGUAUUGGUUGCUGAACAUGAGUGGUGAAACAGUUAUGAUCAAUGGAGAGAAAAAAAUACAUUACCGUUUAGUGAAUACUGAGGAGAAGGACCGAAUAAAAAAUAAUGACAAAUCUAUUGCUGCCCUAGAAGGCAAAGAUUUACUGUAUGACACCCCUGGCGUCAAAAAUCAGUACUCAGGAAACAUGUGGAAGUACCAAAAAAAUCCAUCUGAAUAUCAGCGAAAAAUGAUGCUGAAGGAAAAAUAUGCCAAGCAAAUGGGACUCAAACUGUCAGCCAAACCAGAUAAAAGUCUAGACAGUCAAUUUGGAUUGAUACGUAAUGCUGAAGACGUUAGAACACGUGACAAGGGGUACAAUUUGCAUGCUUUUAACACGCUUAUAUCACAACGAAUAGGAAAUCACAGGGGUGUACCCGAUACAAGAAAUAAAUUAUGUCGUAUACGGAAGUACAGUAAUAAACUACCAAAGGCAUCCAUAAUUAUAUGUUUCUACAAUGAACACUUUGAAACCCUCAUGCGUUCCGUGCAUUCAAUAUUAGACAGAACAGAUCAGAAACAUUUAAAAGAAAUCAUCUUAGUUGAUGAUUAUAGUGACAUAGAGGGUCUACAUGAUGAUAUACAGAAAGCUGUUAAUGAUCUCAACAACAAAAUGCGAAGGGAUGAAGAAAUGCUUGAAACGAAUAACAUAGAUGUAGAGAAUGUUGUAGAUUAUAUCAUUGAUGAUCCUAAUGGCGAGAAGAAGACCACUGACAGGAAUCCUAAACAUGGUUUUACCAUAAGACUUCUACGGACAAGUCGGAGGGAGGGGCUCAUACGCGCGAGGCUGCACGGGGCCGACAAUAGCAUUGGAGAGGUACUGGUGUUCCUGGACUCUCAUAUAGAGGUUAACACAGAGUGGCUCCCGCCGCUCCUGGCGCGGCUGUCCGAAGGGGUGGACGGGACCACCGUGCUGCACUCGUCCCGAGCGGUAGCGCCCGUCAUCGACGUCAUCAACGCCGACACCUUCGAGUAUUCGGCCAGUCCGCUGGUGCGAGGAGGCUUCAACUGGGGGCUACAUUUUAAAUGGGACAAUUUGCCUAAAGGAACAUUGAAAACCGACGAAGAUUUCGUGCAACCUAUCAAGUCUCCGACAAUGGCUGGCGGAUUGUUUGCGAUAUACCGGCAGUACUUCAACUACAUCGGCAAAUACGACUCCGGCAUGAAUGUAUGGGGAGGUGAAAACCUAGAAAUUUCAUUCAGGAUAUGGAUGUGUGGCGGGAGCCUGGAGUUGGUGCCCUGCAGCCGCGUGGGGCACGUAUUCCGCAAGCGGCGCCCCUACGGGCUCGGCGAGAAAGAGGACUACAUGCUGCACAACUCCAUGCGGAUGGCCUACGUGUGGAUGGACGAGUACAUUAAGAAAGUGAUACAUCAGAACCCAUCGGCGGCGCACGUUUCUGUGGGCGAUAUUUCUGAGCGCAAGGCGUUGCGAUACCGACUGCAGUGUAAGUCGUUCAAGUGGUACCUCGACAACGUGUACCCUGAGCUCGAGCUGGGCGACGACUCGGCGGCCAAGCGGAGGAUGGCGGCGCUCAACGACCCCGGCAAGAACAAGUUCCAGCCGUGGCAUUCCAGGCAGCGCAAUUACACUGAUUCGUUCCAAUUACGUCUGAAAAACACGUCGCUGUGCAUACAAAGCGCCAAGGACAUCAAGAGCAAAGGCAGCGGCUUGAUCCUCGCCAGCUGCAUACGGACGCUUAACCAAAUGUGGUUCGAAACGAGUCGCAAUGAGCUGGUGUUGGGGCGGACCCUGUGCCUGGACGCGACGGGGAACGUGGCGCCAACGCUGGGCAAGUGCCACGAGCUCGGCGGCUCGCAGGCGUGGAAACACAAGGCUUCGGCAGGUAGUCCAGUUUACAAUGAGGCGGCAGGUAUGUGUCUCGGAGUCGAACGCGCUUAUAGAUCGGAGCCUGUCCUCAUGGUCAUAUGUGACAACCAACCGACGAAUCAAUGGGACUUCAUCAGAUCUUAAAUUGGCUACUAACUAUUGAAAAUUACUAAGUGAAAGGUACACGGAAAAAACAUGGCUUGGCACUUUUUUCGGGAAAAAAUAUUUUAAUCCCAAAAUGCAGAGCUCUUAAUGAGCGAUUACUUAUAUCUUCUAUAAUCAUCGUUUUAUAAUAUAUUAUCGUAAUAUUAACAUAACAUAAUGGAAAAAAAUACUUACAUUAUUACAUCGAUUCCAACUUAAAAACAAUCACUCAAAAUGUUACUAAAGUGACUAUACAUGUUCUUUUCGUUUACCCUUCCAACAGCUUGUUAUAGAUAUGUCAAUAGUUGUACUAUCGACGAUCAUAUUGAGGACUAGUUUAAGUAUACUCGUUGGCUCACUUUCAUGGGUCGAUUGUACAUUUCCGAAAACGCUUGUAUUAGGGUAGAUGUUUAUACAAAAUUGUUUUUAAUAAUGAGGUAUGAUAUAGUCUCAUCCAUUGCAUAAGAGAUGGGCGUAAAGGGCCUAUUAGAAAUAUGCGUUAUUCGUCUUGCGGUAUCUAGGAAAACAAUUGUAAUACUUCGCUAAAACGCCUCUUAAUAUUAAGGAUUGUCCUUUUGGAUCCUCAGAUAUUAAUUUUCUUCAUGAUUAGAGCCAAUUUUUCGUCAGACGUACCGUUAUCGAGCUACAAGCAAAAACUGAAAAAGAGCAAUUGAUACGACUUCCAGCUUGCUGGAAAAUAAUUCUUCAAUUAAAUCUAAUUUGAUUAGCAUAUCUAUAUGCAAAGCGAAAUCGUUACUAAAAUUGAUGUGUAAAUAGCGCGCAUUAGGAUACCCUAUUACUAUUUUUGAAAUGGGAGUGUAUGCGAUUCUUUGAUAUUAAUUAGCCCUCAUAGUUUUUGUCGGAAUGGAUAUCUGGCCUAUUUAAAAACUAGCUUCAGAAAACGGUCGACGCCAAGUUAGUGAUGUACAGCUUUUUUACCUUUUUACUCAAUGAAAUGAUCUAAAACCAGAAUCCUAAUUAUGUAAUAGUUUAAAAAGUAACAGUAUUAAAUACCGGACAUACAUAACGGACUACUUUUAAGAGCCAGGCAACAAAUAAAUUAUUUAUUUUUAAUACAUUUUAUAAUACACUAUUUGUUAUUUUAAAUUGGUAUUCACUAUAACUGCUGGUCAGCAGAAUCAAUAAGAAUCUUAACACUGUACUGCUAAUAGCUGUAAAAAUCGCUCUAUGGAUUUCGAUGAAGUUUACAAAAUACCUACAUUAUUUGACAUAUAAAAUGAACAAUCUUUCAGGUUGAGUUUCAUUAAAAUGAAAGUCUGUUUUUCCCAGAAUCUCGAAUACCCAGAUUUAUUUACAUAUUUUAUUUACAUAUAUUCGUUAUUAAUUAGAAUACUUUAAACACAGCUUUACUAUUGAAUUGCAGUUAAUGUGUAAGUACAUAAUUGUAACUUGUAGAUAUAAGAGAUUUUUUUGCGUAUCCGCGUAGCGUAUUGGUUUUAUAUCUGUUUUUGUGCGGUGUAAUCUAAUUAGUGUAUACAUUUUUUUUAGUUAUAUUUUUAGUCAGAUUUUGAUAUCACAAGAUUUUAUCUGUGUUGUAUUGUUAGUAAUAGGAGAAGAGAAUAAGCAAAAGCAGCGUAGGAACUAUAUUUUGAAAGGAGACAAUAUUAAAUAGAAAUAGAAAUGUUUAUUUGCCAGAAUACGUUACAAUUAGGUCUUAAUACAGUUUUAGAUUCAGUAUUCAGUCGACACAAAGCCAACAUGCAAAAUGUGUUGUGUUGCAAAAUUCUUAUAUUUAUCGUAAUAAAUCAAUAAGAUGUAUUUUAGUUAACGAGUGUGAAUUGAAGCCCGAAGCCGAAGGCGAGGGGAUAAUUAACACGAGUUCGUAAUACCUGUACCGCCCGUGGCACACAGUGUUUUUCAUCACACUUGUGAGGAAAAAAGGGAAAUAAAUAAAACUUCUGUCUAAUUUCGUACGUACAUUACAGCCCCAGGUCGAAAUUUUGGAUUUACGGACCGCAUCGCCUACGUGAAAUAACACCUUUUACGAGCAAGUGUGAUGAAAAAUACCUUUUACAGUACAUAUGGUGCUAUUUUCCCGCACUAGUGCAGGAAUAAGCACUUUCCGUGCCUAUGUCGAAAAUUUAAAGAACCAUAUGUACUGUAAAACGUAAUACGAUACGCGUGAGAAUAGGUAAUUCGCAACGAGUGGUGAUAAAAUCUACAUGAGAUUUUCCUACUUUCCGAACGUGUAUCGUAAAUAAUUAUUCUGAAUUACACCGCCGGUAGCAGGAGUAUACUCGUGGCAGGAAAAUGCAUGAUAUUUAAUGUAUAUGAAAGAAGCUCCGUAACAACUGCUGUAACUAAUAUAAAUCGAACUAUCUUUUUUGUUAAACCUUGGUAAUCAUAGCUCAUUGUCGUCUACAUCCACGGGAUCGAUAUAUUUAGUUCCUAGUAAUUUUUUUUUUCCCUUUUCUUAUAGUUGUUAACGCUUUAUCGCAGUAUGCCGCAUAGAGUUUAAGAGUGUUUAUUGUUUAAUAUCUUAUGGCAAUAGGAACUUUGUAACUUAUGAAACCGAAACCGUCCGAAGAUUUUUUGAAGUACCUAAGUACUCAUUAAUUUUAUCCUUUUUAAAUAACACGUCACGUAUAGUGGGUUUUGUUUCUACAUAAAUCAAUAACUAAAUUACGGCUAUUAUAACAGACUUGGGUGCUCUAAAAAGUAUGGGUAAUGUUAGGGAAUCAGAUAUUUUGUAUGUAUUCUUAACAACUUAGUGAAGCCCCUCUCGUAAUGAUUUAGUUUACUUUAUAUGGCGGCUAAACACCCAGUUAUCAGUCAAUCAUAACAUCUUACUUCAGAUUAAUUGCUCUGAUUAGAUUGUAAUUUGUAGAUGAUCAGAUCAGAGUGUAGUUUUUGUACGCGGUUUAUUAAAGUAGGAUAGUGUUUAGAGCUCUAGUUAUUCAUCCAAGCCUGGUGCCGUUAGUACAAGGAAGGAAGCCAACGAUUCGUUCUAGAUAAGGAAUACGUAAAGGUAACAUUCUAGGUAAUCUAGGUAAUUUGUAUGAAGGUAAAAAUAAUAAUAUGAUUCAAAUCGAUGCGCGAGGUUGAAUUUAUGCACUAUUGCUAAGUUAUUUUGUAAAAUUUACUCAUCAAAAUCUCGCUUGUAAAAAUGUACACCUAAAAAUAAUUUAUUUAUAUUUUACAUUCCUAAAUAUGAAUUUUAUUGAUUAAGUUUGGUAAGUUUCGAAUAAGCUGUUUUAAUAUUCAUCUAUUACGGAACUGUUUAGCGGUAGUCAACUAUUUCACUGGGUAUGCUGGCUUAGUGUUAGUUGUAUAGCAGGUGUACUAUGGUUGCCUUUAUUACUCAAUAAUGAUAAGAAAGUGCCCGACUUUAGAGCUUUUUAGCGAUAUUCAUAGUCACUUACCCGUUCGUAAGUGCGAGGAGUAACGGAUGACUUAUAGGUAACUUAUAACGCACGAUAGGCAGCGAUGUGUGGUAAAUAUGCCCACUAAAUAAGCCACUCACGUGUCAAAGAAACGAAUGUCUGAAAUAUAUCUCACUUGACAAUAAUAGCUGUAACGAUACUGUUGUUAUUUAAGUUUGACUUGUGAAUUGAUAGUAAGUAUAUGUCUACCUAAGUUCCUAACCGGCAUUCCAAUAUUUUAGUAGCAACGGAAACUUGGUUGCAAAGUACAUUUUUUCUAUUAAGUGUGAAAAUACUAGAAUAAAGAUGUAUUAAAAUUAAUUACCGUAAAAUGAGUGUCCUCAUUUAUUAACGUCUUAUUAACAUUUUUAAUAUUUAUUUGUCAUAAAAUACUUUUGAAUUUCCCUUUAAUCCGACAUCCGACCACAGAUUAUUUUCUUAUCUUAGAAUCAUCUUGUUUUUGGAAGUCCCAUCUAAUCCUAUACCAUUACCAACUAAUCACUGUAACGUAUCGAUCGAUUGACACCUCAUUAAUCCAAAUCGGGUUAGUAGCUUCGACGAUGUUGUGAAACAUACGUAAUAAGGAUAAAUACAUUUAUACUGACAUACAUAUAUUACAUGGACUGUUCGGGUUACUCAACUCAUUUUACGGUAUGGUAAUUUGAAUAAGUCUGUUUGUAUCUACUAUUUUACUUGAUUAGUGCAAUAUAGAUAUUGUCAAUUAUUGUUGGCAUGUUUUGCAGUUUAACAUAUUUAGCAUAUAUUAUGCUUACGGCGUGGGGCCUGUAACACGGGCGACACGUUCUUCAUUCAGACUUCUUAUAGGUAUGUACCUACCAUGUAUGCUGUGGUUUGUCCUGUUACAGACCCUACCCAUUGAUGUGGAUCGUUCCGUUUCAAUUUCUCACAAGAAGGUCCUUUCUUUUUCGGAGGAAGCCCUAGAAAGAGAUCAGGCGAGAGAUAUAGAGAUUAUUCGAUUAUGUAAGAAAAGGAUAGAGUUUACUAUACUUAAUGGUUCGAUUGUUUUUAUACGAAUACGGCCUAUUUGCUAAAACACUGUGAUAACCUUGGAAAAUGAAGCAAAACGAUUCAUACUUUAAGGUUUAAGGAAUAAAGAUUCUGUCACUGUUGUAAUGCUAGUCAUCAGACUUGCUAUCACACGCGCAUUGAUGCAUGCCUACUAAAUAAAAGUAUUUUUGAGAUGUUUAUUUUUUGAUUGAUAAGAUUACAAAAAAACGAGUGGUUGAUUGAGAAGGAGGUACAAGAAAUGAAUGAAAUAUAGUGCAAAUGUGAUUAUCAAAGGAAUACAUGUGUUGUUGCACAUCAAAAUAUAGGAUGUCUCCAUCAUAUACGUAAACUGUUAGGUCAUCAACUACAUAUGUACCUUAAUUAACAGAAAUAAAGCA